ACAGAUAAGAACUAGGCACUUGAGACAAUGCUCUGAACAUAAAACAUGCAUUUAACAUUAAGAUUUAUUUUUAUAACUUGUGUUAUAAUCUGGGAUUUAUGUCUGUGUAUCAAUACUGAGGCAGAAGCUCAUGAUGAUUUUAUAGCGAGUGUCCUUACUGAGUUAUCCCAGUUACAGAAUCAGUUUGUUUCCAGUGAGAGAUAUUACAGGGAGAAGUUGGCUACAGUCGAGGAAAAGCUUCAUCAAACAGAAAAUUUACAAAUAUUUUAUCAAGAUAAAGUAGCUGAAAUUGAAAAUCUGCUGCAGGCAUCUAAAGAGACUGAAAUAUCCUACAAGAAGAAGUUAGAGCAUGUUGAAGAUCUUCUGGAUCAAACAGAACAAAGACUGACCAAUGCUGAGCGGACAAUUCAAACUCUCAUCUCAACAAACAAGCAACCAUAUAACAAUGCUAAUAACAAUCUGAUAAUAGAACAAACAGAUGCUAGUUAUCAAACAGGACCAGUAGAAUCAACAAUAUCAGCUCCAUACCGAAAUAAAAGUUUAACUACAUUCCAACACAAGAGACAAGAUUCUAUAGAUACCCGCAUUUCAAGAAACAUUAACAACAACCUACAGAUCGCCUUCUCUUCCUAUAUAUCUCAUCAUCUAGAACAUCUUCAGACUCAACAGACCAUUCCUUUUGAUGAAAUUAUUGUAAAUGAGGGCAAUGCUUAUGAUACAUCUACAUUUAAAUUUACGUGUCCAAUCAGUGGAGUUUAUGUGUUCCAAUCAGCGUUAAUGGCUCAGCGAUAUAAAUAUAUCCAGACAGAGAUUGUGAAAGAGAGUCUCACACUUGUGCGAAUGUACGCAGCUACUGAUACAACUACUUCAAGGUUCGACCAAGGUUUCAACUCGGUUAUUACUCGCUGUAACGCUGGCGAGAAAGUUUGGGUGAGAGUUGUUGAAAGCUGGGGUACUGAUAUUAGAAGCUCACGAUUUACAACAUUUUCUGGUUAUCUUUUGUGGCAAUUGUAAAAUGCUAUGGAAAUUAUGCUGAUUAAAAUGUUUUCAAAUAAAUUAAUUGGCACUGCAA